GGGCUGAAGAAGUGGAUGAGGAAACAGGUGGAAUAAAGAAGAGGAGAAAGGGAAACAGAAUGGUAUGGAAGAGCGGUAGCUGGUAGAGCAGACAGGACAGGUCAGGCUCUGCGGCUCCUCUGCCUCUUUUCUUCUCCAGAAACGCUUGCUCACCCUCAGGUGAGUGGGGCUGCGAGACUCUAGGCUGAAGAGCGCGGAGCGACAGGGCGGGACAGCAGGGGCGGAGGGGCAGGGCGGGGCAGUGCCCGGGCCAGCCCCGCUGCUGCCACACAGGUGGUGCCUGCCUUGGCGCGGAGACCCAAGAGGCGCUGGACGCACGCAUCGCUGCGGGAGCCCGAGCCAGGUGGACAGCCUCUAUACAUGGCUUCAUAGAAAAUGAAGACCAACCCUGCGGGCUCCCCACUAGAAACCUGUCAAACUGCAGGCCAGGGUGAGAAGGGAUGCCCUGUAUGCCAGGCCUGCAGAGGGACCUCAGGCCUGGGAUCUGCUUCAGAGUCGGGAUCAGGCCUUAGGCCAGGGCCUGGAGUGGUUCUGGACUCUGGACUGGGGCCUGGAUCUGGAACUAGUGCUGUUCCAGGGUCUGGGCCACAGCCUAGUGCUGUUUCUGUGACUGGGCUGCGACCUGGUACUACUUCAGGGCCUAAUGCUACUCUGGGACCUGGGCUAGGAGCAGGAUCAUUACCUGGACCAGGAGCUAGGUCUGGACUGAGGCCAGGAUCAGAGUCAGUACCUCAGCCAGGAGCGGGGUCAGUACCUCAACCAGGAGCUGGCCCAGUACCUCAGCCAGGAGUUGGCCCAGUACCUCACCCAGGAGCUGGGUCAGUAUCCCAGCCAGGAGCUGGGUCAGUAUCUCAGCCAGUAAGCGAGUCAGUAACUAGUCCAGGAUCUGCACCAUUACCUGGGCUGGGGCUAGGGCCUGGGACCAGACGAGGCUCCGGGACUGGCUCUGACCCCAUUGAAUCUGUGAGAACCCCAGUACCAGUGCAACAGCAGAAGACUCAGGCCAAACACACACAGGCCCCCAGACAGAAGGUUCUGGUGACCGGAGGAGGAGGUUACCUGGGCUUCAGCCUGGGUUCCAGCCUGGCCAAGAGAGGCACCUCUGUCAUCCUGCUUGACCUCCGCAGACCCCAGUGGCCACUACCUUCAGGAACUGAGUUUGUCCAGGCUGAUGUCCGAGAUGAAGAAGCCCUGUACCAAGCCUUCCAGGGGGUGGACUGUGUCUUUCAUGUGGCCUCCUACGGCAUGUCUGGGGCUGAGAAGCUACAAAAACAGGAGAUUGAGUCUAUAAAUGUCGGAGGCACCAAACUAGUGAUUAAUGUCUGUGUCCGUCGGCGGGUUCCGAGACUCGUGUACACCAGCACAGUCAACGUGACGUUUGGUGGGAAGCCCAUAGAACAGGGCAAUGAGGAGUCCAUUCCGUACUUCCCCCUGGACAAGCAUAUGGACCACUACUCUCGAACCAAAGCCAUUGCCGACCAGUUGACUCUCAUGGCCAAUGGGACACCGCUCCUAGGAGGAGGCACCCUCCGCACCUGUGUGCUCCGUCCCCCAGGGAUCUAUGGUCCUGAAGAACAGAGACACCUGCCCCGGGUGGCGAGCCACAUCAAGAAGAGACUGUUCAUGUUCCGGUUUGGGGACCGCAAGACGCGCAUGAACUGGGUCCAUGUGCAGAAUCUGGUGCAGGCACACAUGCUGGCGGCCGAGGGUCUCACCAUGGCUAAAGGCUACGUGGCUAGCGGGCAAGCAUACUACAUCAAUGAUGGGGAGAGUGUCAACCUCUUUGAGUGGAUGGCCCCACUGUUUGAGAAGCUGGGGUACAGUCAGCCCUGGAUCCAGGUACCGACCUCCUGUGUUUAUCUGACAGCUGCAGUGAUGGAGUACCUGCACCUGGCACUGAGACCCAUCUGCACCAUCCCCCCACUACUCACCCGCAGUGAGGUGCUCAGCGUGGCCGUGACGCACACUUUCCAGAUUGCCAAGGCCCGCACUCAACUUGGUUAUGCGCCGGACAAGUUCAGCUUCGCCGACGCAGUGGAGCGAUAUGUGCAGGCCACGACCCCGCAGCCCCGCUGUUGCAUCGUGCUGACGCUCCUGCGGCUGCUGCUCAUGCUGCUGCUACUGUUCGCCCUGCUCGGCCUGGCCCUGUACUUCCUAGGGCUGCAGCCUUUGCAGGCGGUGGUGGAAAGGCUCUGAGCCCGACCACGACCACGACCACGACCUCGCCCACGUAGUAGCUCGCUAUCUUUCUACCUGGCUUGACCUCCCGGUUUAGGCCCGCCCCUGCCUCUUGACUCCGCCCCGAUUCCUGGCCACGCCUCUGCUUCGCUCUCUUGGCUUCUAUUCGUCUGCACAUUUGGGUUUCCCGGCUCUUGGCUCCUUGAUCCUGUGUGUUACUCUUUUCCCGAGGCUAGGCGAGGCGGUUGAUGAGGUCCCAGCCUCAGCCUGCUUCCCCUUCCCAGCCAUUUCCAGUCCUACCCAGUCUAGCCCUCUCCUUCCUAUUCUUCCAGAUUCUUCCCUGAUCUGACUUCACCCCUUUCUGCCUCCAUCUCUACGCUGAAACCCCAGUGAGGUCGCUUCUGUUGGGAUAAGCCUUAGCCCUGCCUUCACGGUUGGUCUAAAUGCGUGAGUUCUGGUUGGUGGAGUCUGUGGAAUUGGACCUGUCUUCUGCCUCCUUCAAGGACCUUCUCCCUGCCACGGCUUCUUUGAGUUUAUCCUGACACCUAUCUAUGUGUUGACUAGCUGGGAAAGGAUACCCAAGCCCAACUUAGUAACUUUUGGUUCUCAUUUAACGAGUGGAACCGACUAAGCACAGUAAAACGUUUCA